UAGGUUUCAGUUGAUGGAAAGCUCUUCUCCAGUUUUCAUGGCGUUGGCAUGUAGUGAAGUUUUGAGUUUGAAGAGCGGCUGAGCCUGAGCGGGCGUUAUCUUUUAUUUAAGGCUUAUCUUUAAUUUUAAUUUUGUAAAGAGAUGAUGAUGAUUAUUACAUAGGAGGAGGACUUUGAAAAUGAAGAUGAUGGCUAUGGCAUUGCGAAGAAUAACACUAUCGCCAUGGCAAACGGCACUAACAGCAUUAACAAUCCCAUCAACAACAACAACAACAACAACCACCAGACCACAUUCCACCUUAAUGUCUCCUCCUGUUGUCUCUUUAGACCUCCCUGACGUUUGGCCUCCCAACUCUUCCCAUUUCCAUUUUCCACCACCUAUAAAUUACUCCAAUGGGCAUAGAGCAGCUGUGAUUGACGGGAAGUUAAUUGCAGAGGAAAUUAGGUCUAGAAUCGGCAGUGAGGUGAGGAGGAUGAAGGAGUCCAUUGGAAAGGUUCCUGGGUUGUCUGUGGUUGUGGUGGGUCAGAGAAGGGACUCGGAGAUUUAUGUCCGGAACAAGAUAAAAGCUUGUGAACAAGUUGGGAUUAUGUCAACCAUUACUCAACUGCCUGAUGAUUGCACUGAAGAGCAUGUUAUUGAUGCUGUGUCAAGUUUCAAUGUGGAUCCAUCUAUUCAUGGUAUCCUUGUGCAGCUUCCUCUGCCUCAACAUUUGGAUGAGGGAAAAAUUUUGGAUGCGGUGAGCCUAGAAAAGGACGUAGAUGGUUUCCAUCCCCUUAAUAUGGGGAACCUUGCUAUGAGAGGGAGGGAACCAUUGUUCAUUCCCUGCACGCCAAAGGGUUGCAUUGAGUUGUUGAUCAGGUCUGGCGUGGAAAUCAUGGGGAAGAAAGCGGUGGUGAUUGGAAGAAGUAACAUUGUUGGAUUGCCAACAUCACUAUUAUUGCAGAGGCACCAUGCCACAGUCAGUGUUAUUCAUGCUUUCACGAAAAACCCAGAGCAUCUUACCCGUGAAGCUGACAUUGUGAUCACAGCUGCAGGGGUGCCAAAUCUGGUCCGUGGAAAUUGGUUAAAGCCUGGUGCAGUUGUUAUUGAUGUUGGGACUAAUCCAGUUGAGGACCCAAGCUGUGAGCAUGGUUACCAUAUUGUAGGAGAUGUUUACUAUGAAGAAGCAGUGAGGGUGGUGUCGGCCAUUACUCCUGUCCCUGGAGGAGUUGGACCAAUGACAGUUGCUAUGCUCCUCUUGAACACCCUGGACUCGGCCAAGAGAGCAUAUGAAUUUUCUUGAACCUGAUGAGUGAUUUGGUUUGAAUAUUUGCCAUUGCAGCUCAGUGAACCCGAUGCAAUUAUGUUUCAUUUUAUUGCAACUAAACUAAGUCAGUGGUUAGUCUAUUUAUUGUCCCUAACUAAUUGGCGUUCCUCCCAAAGCCCCGGAGCUUGUAAAGUAAUCUGGUAGAGAGUAGACUCUUCCCGUUCCCCACCCUAAAGGAUUUUUGGGUUUGAGUAGCUCUGCUCGCUGUGAGUUUAACCAGUUUUGGUUGGUUUAAAUGUCUGCUCAGGAAAUAAUGUUUUUAUUUAUUUAUUUAUUUGUCUCUUCAAAUUCCAUCUCGUAUUUAUUUGUUUGGUCUUCAAAAUUUAGUUUUCACCAAAAUCUGUAUGUGCCUCUCUUGUGGAUAAAUGUACUUGAAUUCUACCGUUGUUGUGGUUUAAGCCACCUUCCUUCCCCACUUAGUUUUAAUCCAACCAUAUGUGUUAGGUAUUAGUGCAUUUGAAUGUAUAUAAAUAAUGACUUAUGCCCAAAAGCAUUUAUCUCUGUUAGUAGCUGGAGAUCGUUUAAAUGCCAUAUGAGUAAUGCUGUUGUAUAACGCGUAUUCAUUAAUGAAUGAUAUUCUUGCUUCCA